AUAAAUCUUCUAAGAAGAUUCCACAAUGCAGCUUGUUCCCAAAGCAGCCACCGCGCUUGUAGCGCAAUUGUUUGCCACGGGCAUAAAGGCAGCUCUCUACGAACAGAUUAUUGAGACCAAAUACGGUCCUGUCCAAGGCGUUGCUGCAUUUAACAGCACUUCUGGCCCAUCAGCCAACAUCUCCAACUGGGAUGAGAUCACAACUUUCAAGGGAAUCCCAUUCGCAGCGUCAACCGCCGGCGAGAACAGAUGGAAACCACCACAGCCACCUGUUGCUUGGAAUGACACUCUAAUAGCCGACUCUUUUGGCCCUGAAUGUCCCAGUGGCAUAUCUAUUGCCGGUACCUACGUUAGCGAGGACUGCCUUACUGUCAAUAUUUGGACCCCGGCGAACUCCACCGGCGCGAAAUUGCCUGUGAUGAUAUGGAGCUACGGAGCUGGCACCACCUCUUCGGACGAUAAUUACGAUGGAGGUGGUAUCGCUGCAAAAGGCGUUAUCUUCAUCAGCUACAAUUACCGGACCGGUCCUUGGGGGUGGCUUUCCCUGCCAGAGCUAACUGCUGAGUCCUCUACCAACUCAUCUGGCAACUAUGGUCUCAUGGAUCAAAUUCAGAUCUUCAAGUGGGCCAAGGAAAAUGUGGCUGCGUUUGGUGGCGACCCAGACUCUAUCACAGCGGUGGGCCAGUCUUUUGGUUCCGCUGCGGUAUACCACCUUAUCAACAGUCCUCAAGCCAAGGGCCUUUUCAAGGGAGCCAUCUGCGAGAGUGGCAUCAAAGACCCCUACGACCCUACAAUGUCCGGCUUUGCCAACUCAUAUAUGAACCAAUCCUACUCUUAUACCUUCAGUGAGACUUAUGCCUCUAGUCUUAACGCCACGACCGUCGCUGAGCUGCGUAACCUUACCACCGACGUCCUCGCAACCGGAACCGGGGUGAGCGAUUUUUCAGGUUUCCAGCCAACAUUGGACGGUUAUUACAUCCCCACAACCUACUACGAGAGCCUGCUCAACGGCCCUGUCAACGACGUUCCCCUGCUCGCUGGCAACAACAAAGACGAAGACGGCGCCACUCCCACCGUGAACACCACAGUCGAAGCUUACGAGGAGGCUACGAAUAGCACGUACGGCCCGUACGCAGCGGCUCUUCUCGAUCUUUACGACGGAAGCACCAAUGACACGGCCGCUGACGACGCGACCAACGCUCGGGCCCGCGACAUCGCACGGAUCUCAACCUGGUCCUUCGCCCAGCGUUGGAACAAGACUGCCUCAAGCCCCAUGUACGUCUACUACUGGGAUCACGAUCUUCCGGGCUCGGACGACGGUGCUGGCCACGCUAGCGAGAUCUCCUACGUCUUGAGCAACCUGUACGCGGUUACGUCAACGCCGUGGGCGACUGCUGACUAUCUGAUCGCCGACAUCAUGUCAAGCUACUGGGUCAACUUCAUCAAGACGGGGAACCCUAACACGGGCGGCACGUAUAGCGGUGAUCUCGCUGGCUGGAGGCCGCAGACUGAGCUGACCACUAAUACAUCGUUUCAUGUUGGGCCCGACGACCCGAAUUUAUAUGGGCAGGUACCAAUUGCGGACCCUCAGCAGGUGCAGACGCUCUAUGAGUGGUUUCACUGGGCAACACCGAAUCCUUGGUAA